CACGGGCACAUACCGCAGUCUCCUCAUGAGAUGGUCUCGUCAGUUGCGUUUCAUUUCCUGCGUCGUUCAGUCGAAUGUUGCGCGAUCGCGAAAGUGUUGUGUUCAAUUAAAGGUGUCUGGUGUGUGCACAUAAAUGGUGGACAAUCGAGAGAGAAUUCGCGGGCCCUCGAGGGAUGGAAGGGAAGGGCUAACGAGUCCUCGGCAUGUGCUUCGGCGUCUCUUGUUACUUUCUGAAGGUCGCCAAUAUAGGGAGGCAGCAGGUGUUGUGGGACGUCUAGGGCCAUCCCUUCUGCGUUCCGUUGUCUCCGAACUACCCAUGGAUUUACUAAUUGAAGCUCUCCCACAUAGUGCAUACCUCCUUGAAUCAUUCUACAGUCGUCUCACAGCAGUACUACCAAGCCCAAAGCCCGAUGUGUCGGUUGAGCCUGUUGUGUGGCACCUAGUGAAGCUCUUUGGAAAUCCUCAUGAAUCUGGUCUUCGUCAGCGCUGUUCAAAGCUCAUAGAAUCUAUCGGUACGUGGAGUCCAACAAUUCGGGAUAUCCUUCGGGAACGUCGAAGGGCACUGGAUCAGGCAAUUCAGGGAUUGGGAAUUCAUGGCUUAACGUCAGAUCAAUCUGGUAGUCUUACUGCCCUGCAUACAGCCCUGAAAACGGAACUUCAACGCCAUGUGGAUACCUACAAGGCUGCCAUACACAAGCUCGAUGAACUCAGCCCAGUAACAAUCCAUCAGGAUCCUGCUCAGUCAUCACAUCAGCGUCUCCUUGCCAUCAACUAUGAUGAUUUACAACAAAGACUGAUCGACAAUAAAACCGUCCUUACACUCCUCGAUAAGCCAGCGUUGAAACAACUAGGUCAGCUUGUGGAUGCCCUUUCGCAGCGGGUGCAAUGUGACAAAGAAGUGCUCUUUUGCAUUGGUGAAAUAAAACGAUCAGAUCCCCUCCUUAGCUGCGACUAUCGCCCCGUGGCUGGAAUUAUGAUGAAUUUUGCUAGAGGGUGUGAUUCAGUUUUGAGGCUCAUGGGGCCAAUUACAGUGCCCUCGAGUCCUGGUGGAUACAGUUGUUGCAGUGAUGGAUACCAUUCGGACUCCGCUGAUUCCCUCCCCGAUGAAAAUAACAGUGAACUUAUUCGUAACUUCUCGAUGCUUUACUCCAAGAAUCGCGUGGAGAUUAUGGAAUAUUUGGACAGUAUCCCCCAACUGAAGAAUGCCUUCUAUCUCAAGACGAAGAUUCUCUUUUCCAUCAUUGUGCUGGCAUUCAGAUCUUGCCAGGGACUCCGUGAGAGAAAAGUGGCCGAGGUGCGCCGUGUUCUUGGUCCAACUGGUUGCGAUGGGGAAAGUAGUGGCAAUACCAAGGUGUCUGUACUGAAUUUGGAGAAAGCUGUCCGUCAGUAUUUGCAAGACACUGCCGAUUCUUUGCCCCUCGGUGACAUCGAGAAGCAAGUAUCCAAUCAAAUACUCUCCACACUAUAUGAGUAUCCUUGCCUCGAAAAUUGCUCCCAGCUGCAGCAUUACACAUCCAGCUGUGUACGCUUAGCAUGGAAGAUGGUCAACCAGUCAAAUCCCUACUAUUUGGACAAUGACUUUACUCACGGUCUUCUCCAGCCCGAGAAGCAGGAACGUCAUUCAUCAUAUUCCGACCGUAACUCCAACAUAAUCCGCGCCUAUGUGUGGCCAGCCCUCAUUCAGGAAUACAGAUGCAUUCUCAAAGCCGUUGUAAUCACAUAAUUAAUUUAUUUUCCAUUUAUACUAACACAAUGGAAUUGCCUAUCUGUAAAUAAAAAUUGUACACCCCUUUCAUUCA